GGAAUUCUGGUGUUUUCGAGGGGUUAAAGUUGGUUUUAUAUAUAUCUUCAUCCUUAUUCUUCUCUCUUCUUUCCUUCACCUCUUCUCUUCUCUUCCCCUUUUUCCAUUUUUUAGGGAUUCUUUAUAUCUAUGAAGCCUUUCAGUGAGUUCUGUUUGAUACCAAAGUUGUAAAGAUUUCGGAAAAUACUUAGAGGAUCAUAUGGAAGAAUUUUAGCUGAGGAAUACUUUCAAAAAAAAAAGGAAUCAUUUACCUACCAAUACAAAAGAGGCCGAAAAAAAAAAAAGAAGCCAUGAAUAAGAGUAGUCAUCAGUUGGGAUCGAUCAGCAGUUCUGAUCUUAUUGAUGCAAAGCUUGAAGAACACCAAUUAUGUGGAUCUAAGCAGUGUCCUGGUUGUGGACACAAGCUCGAAGGAAAGCCGGACUGGGUAGGUCUACCAGCAGGAGUGAAGUUUGACCCAACAGAUCAAGAAUUGAUAGAACACCUUGAAGCAAAAGUAGUGGCUAAAGAAUCAAAAUCCCACCCUUUGAUUGAUGAGUUCAUUCCUACUAUUGAAGGAGAAGAUGGGAUUUGCUACACUCAUCCUGAGAAACUUCCAGGUGUUACAAGGGAUGGGCUAAGUAGGCAUUUCUUCCACAGACCAUCAAAAGCAUACACAACAGGGACAAGAAAAAGAAGAAAAAUCCAAACAGAAUGUCAAGACUUGCAAGGAGGUGAAACCCGUUGGCACAAGACAGGCAAAACCAGGCCAGUAAUGGUGAAUGGAAAGCAAAGAGGGUGCAAGAAAAUUCUAGUUCUCUACACAAACUUUGGCAAGAACAGGAAACCGGAGAAGACAAAUUGGGUAAUGCAUCAAUACCAUUUGGGACAACAUGAAGAGGAAAAAGAAGGUGAACUUGUGGUGUCAAAGAUAUUCUAUCAGACUCAGCCAAGGCAAUGUAAUUGGAGUAACACUACUGGAAGUGCUGGAGGUGGUGGAGAAGCCAACAGUGAUGUUAAUAGCAGAAGGGAUAGUGGAAGUAGGAGCUGUUCUUCAUCUAAGGACAUCAACAAUAAUUUCCCUUCUUCUCAUAGGGAUGAAUUAUCUGCUGCUGUUUGUGCUGCUAUGUCAAAUUACACUACUAUGGAUAUUCAACAAUUCAAACCUGAACAUUUUAGCUUUCUUCCAUUUAGGAAAACCUUUGAUCAUGAGGCAGGCAUAGUAGUAGGUGAAGGUUCAAUUGCAAGGGAAGGUGGUCCAGCAGCAGCAGCACCAGAUGAGCGUGACAUGGGGGAGCCGCAGAACCCACAUGAUCCUAAGUUACACCAACACCAACACCAGCAUCAUCUGGUUUCAACCAGUGCAUUCCACAUUAGCAGGCCAACUCCCCCAAUAUCGGCCAUUAUAACUCCGUCUCCCCUCCAUAACACUUCCGUUAUUCUUGGUGAAGAUGCCUUCCAUGUUCCAAGAUCAAUAAUCCUUCCAAAUGACAACUUUCAGCAGCAACAUCAUAAACUAGGAGGAAGGUCUGCAUCUGAAUUGGAACAAUUAAUAAUGGGCUGCACUUCAACUGAUAUCAAAGGAGAGUCAUCCAUUACAAACUCUCAAGAUGCUGACUGGUUGAAGUAUUCACACUUUUGGCCUGACCCCGACAACCCCGAUCAUCAUGGCUAGGAUCAUCUUCAUCAUUACUAUACUUCACGCCUCGUUGAAGUUUGAACAAAUAAAUGAUCAAUACAAAGCGGACCAAAACUAUAUACUACUCUACUAGUAUACUUAUUUUCUUUUAAUUCACUAUAUAUCCUUUUCAACUGAAUGCUGGCAAAAGCUAAGGUACUGCCUGAAGCUCAACUGAACUAUCACUUCAAUUCAACCAGUGUUGGAAAAGCCAAGAAAGAAGAAGGAGACUAAGAAAGACUGCUCUCUUCUGACAAAAAAAAGAUAAAAAAUACAAGAGGAGAACCAAAAGAGCCAAAGCGAAUGCAUCUACAUGAAAAUCAUCACCACUAUGAUUACGAUAUCAUCUUUAUUUCAUCUUCUUAAUAUUUGUUUAUUUUUUUCCAUAUACAAUUUCUUUUGAUUUGUUGUUUUCUUCACAUGAAACACUAUAGGAAUAUUUUUGCAAAGUUCAUACCCAACUUUGUUAAUUGCGUCUAUGGACAGUCACUUUUUAGAGCAGAGUACUUUCUUUUUUGGGACACAAAAUAUUUCCCUUUAUAGGAAUGAAAUGUGAUAUUGAUUCUCUAUUUUA